GCGGUUCAGUCAGGCGAGGCGCUCGGCGGGCGCGGUCCUGGGUUUCUGUCUUUUUUUCAUACGAUACAACUCCGCCUACCAUCUUCCACAAAAUAUGUUCUGAAGCAGCCUCCCUUUUAAAGUAUCUCCAUCCUGUGAAGGGCCAAGCUGGUAAAGAUGCUGCACAUGACAGAUGUUCUGGAUAUCUUGAAGAAUCCCCCGCUCUUCCGUCUACAUGAUCAAGAAAAGAAUCCAGAAACCAUCCCCAUAAGAAAUCCAGGGGCUCUGAAAGUUUCUCAUCAAAAGUUUAGGGAUUUUCGAUAUCUUUCAGUGACCGGGCCUCAUCAAGCUGUGAGCCAAAUCCAGGAGCUCUGCUGGCAAUGGCUGCAGCCGGAGACCCACACCAAGGAGCAGAUGAUGGAGCAACUGGUGCUGGAACAGUUUCUGAACACCCUACCAGAGGAGGUUCGGACCUGGGUGAGGUCAAAAAACCCUAAGAACAGCAAGGAGGCAGGAACGCUGGUGGCCAGUUUGAUCCAAGCAUGUGAGGAGAAAGGUUGCCCUCCUCAGGACUUUGUCAUUGCAGAAGAGAGGAACACCAACAAACUCCAAAGGGACACAGAGAUGUCUGACAAUCCCUCAUCUGCCGGAUCCCAGGAGUUGGUGACUUUCAAGGAUGUGGUUGUGGACUUCAGUCCGGAGGAAUUAACCUAUCUUAGUGCUGCUCAGAGGAACCUCUACCGGGAGGUGAUGCUGGAAAAUUACAGGAAUCUGGUCUCCUUAGGGUACCAGUUCUCUAAACCCGACAUUAUCUCACAGCUGGAAGAGGAAGAGUCACGUGUGAGGGAGGAAGACAGCAAUACAGAGAUAUGUCAAGAUGGGGAGAAAAGACCUAAAACCAAAAAUCUAACUCCAGAGCAAAGCCUGCCUAUGGAAAAGUCAUCCUUGGGGGCAGGAAUGGAGGAUCUGAUGGUAGGUAACUUCUGCAGUGUCUAUGUAGGAGAAUCUUCUCCUGAUGAUCCAUCAGAUUUGUACCAGGUCAACCAGGAGAAACCUUUGAGUCCGGUAACAAUGACUGAGCCCAAGACCCCCACUCAAGAAAGAAGCCAUGACAGUGAUGAUUUUGAGAGGAGCUCAUACCUUACUAAACAGUUGGAAGGGCCUCCAGGAAAGGAUCCCCAGGAAUGUGCUACUCCUGGAAUUUGCACCCGUCCCCAGUCAGUGGAUGAUGAGCCUUUCCUCCAAGAGAACAGAUGUGGAUUUUGUGAAAGAACUUUUAUUUCCCAGACAGCUCGUGAGAAACAUGAGCAGAUCCAUACUGGGAAGAAACCCUUUGAAUGUAAACGAUGUGGAAAAGCCUUCUACCUCAUGCCACACCUCACCAGACAUCAGAGGACUCAUUCUGGUGAGAAGUCCUCUGGAUGCAAUGAAGGUGGAAAAUCUUUCAUCCAGCGUGCAAAUAUCUGUGGCCGUGUAAGAAUUCAUAGUCAGGAAGACUACUAUGAAUGUUUCCAGUGUGGCAGAGCCUUUAUCCAGGAUGUGCAUCUUUUUCAACAUCUGAAAGCCCACGAGGCAGCAAAAGCCCUUCCACCUGGGUUGCCCCGCGUUAAGACGUAUUUAAUUCGAUAUCAGCGGAAACAUGACUAUGUUGGAGAGAGAGCCUGUCAGUGUUGUGACUGUGGCAAAGCCUUCAGUCGGAGUUCACAUCUUAUUCAACACUAUCGAAUUCAUGCUCAAGAGAGGCCUUACCAGUGUCAGCUGUGUGGGAAGUGUUUCAGCCGACCCUCAUACCUCACUCAACAUUAUCAACUCCAUUCUCAAGAGAAACCUGAUGAGUGCAAUUAUUACUAAAAACCUCCAGAGGACAUUCUCAACAUCUUUGGCUCCAUCCUGGAGAGAGACCCUCUGAGUGCUCUGAAUGUGAGAAUACCUUCCUCCAGCUCUCACAACUUAAUAACUUGAAAACUCAUCAUGAUGUGAUAAAAAAAAUGGCCAAUGGUUGCAAGGGUAUAGAAAAAUCUUUUUGCAAAAGAAGAUUCAGCACAUGUGUCUGUAGUCACACAGGUGAAAAUCCUUAGAAUAUUUUUGUUGCAUAGGAAAGAAGUUAAUAGAUUUUGCCUUUCUUUUGGUGGUAUCCAUGGAAUGGAAAACUUUCAUUUUGACACCCUGACAAAAAUUUUGUGACUGCCGGUUGGACUCCAGACAGGCAAUCUGUUCCCAGGUUUUUCUAGGAGUGUUUACAUAUAGUAUCUUCACGUGGGAUGUGUCAACACAGAGCGUGGUAGAAAGAUUUUCAAGGUGUGCUUAUAUUGAUUCAUCCACAAGGCUGAUAUAAUUGGUAAUGCAUUUACAUCGUACCUCAUAAUUUACAAAACAUUGUCAUGUAUAUUAUUUUAUUUGAUCUUUUAAGGAAUGCUGCAGUGUACCUAGUGAGCAUAUUAUUCUAUUCUUACAGGCAAAGCAAACUUGAAACUCCCAAGUUGUCAGUUGAUCUGACCUAGGUUGUAAGUGAUGAAGUAGGAAAUGAACCCAGGUUUUGUUUUAUUUUGAGAUUUCGUGAGAUAUUUAUUUCAUAUCUUGAUGUUUGACUCUGGUUUUCUUUAUUCCUGCCACUUCCUCUCUGAAGAAAAGGUGCGGUGGUCUACUGCCUUCAGCCAUCUUCCUCUGUAGUAGUCCCAAUACUGUUUCAUGUGAAGUUCAGAAAGUUUUCUUAGGGUGAAGUAUGAUAGCCACUUCUCUCGAGAUUUAGGAUUAGAGGAUGACUUUCUGAGACUAAUUCAGGGAAGUGUAUUUUUGCUAAACACUUUCUUGUAAGUGUUCUUGUAGAUCGUAAAACUACUCAAGAAGAAUUUUUUUGUAGUUUCCUGUGGAUGUCUGAGGGAUUGGGGUUUCUUAUUUCCCUUUUCCUUCCUUUAAAAAAAAUCCUGUUUGAGAACUUUCUUGGGCUGUGGCAUCAUUAGCACAGCCAACUUCACCUAAAAUCCUAAUUUUAUGCAGAACACACUUCGCUCUUUAAAGGUAUGAGCCCAGAGUUGCAUAAAAAUCUCUUGAAUACCAUAAUGCUAUAAUGUUAAAAGCUCUCCAUCACUGCCUUGACUGGUGGUCAAAUACAAAGACACAAGCUAACCAGUUGGACCUGGAGUCCCAGAACCUGAUUCCUUGCCUGGUAGGGUGAGUUGUUGCUGUUGUUAUUCACUGCCCUGCUUUUUCUCAUCAGCCCUUUUUGAGGUUGAUGUACAAUGCAUGGCCCAGAGUCAUGAAAUUAAAAGCAAACAUGACUCGUCAGAAGCUGAUGAGCCAAACGAAUGUUAGCCGCACAACCUCUCUUCAUUUUCAAAGUUCUUGAUGAAAUAGCCCUCCUUGGCAGGCCCUAUUUUUUCAUGACAGUUUACUCUUCAACCCACUGUAAAUUGGUUUCUGAUCCUGCCACCACUCCCACAAAGGAACAGGAUGUCAUUGCAUCUUAUUGAUGGUGAUAUUGAUUAGUCUUGAUGCCUUGAUUUAAAGUGCUGUCCACUGGGUUGUUCUUUAAAGUUACUAUUUAUUUCUCUUUUGUAAUUAAUAAAUAUCUUACAGGAGAAAUUUUGAGACUAUGCAAGUACAGAUCUUCCUUGACUUAUGAUGAGGUUUUGUCCUGAUAAACCUAUUGUAAAUUGAAAAUAUUGUAAGCUGAAAGUGCAUUUAAUAUUCCUCACCUACUGAACAUCAGAGCUUAGCAUAUUCUACCUUAAAAGUGCUCAGAAUACUUACACUUGCCUACAGUUGGGCAAAAUUAUCUAAUACAAAGCCUGUUUUAUAAUUGUGUUGAAUAUCUCAUGUAAUUUAUUGAAUACUGUACUGAAAGUGAAAAACAGAAUGACUAUAUGGGUACCUAAGGGUUCUAAGUGUAUUGGUUGUUUUAUCUUGUGAUUGCAAGGCUGAUAGGGAGCUGGGGCUCGCUACCACUCGCUGCCACUUCCCAGUAUUAUGAGAGAGUUUUGUACCAUAUAUCAUUAGCUGGGGAAAAGAUAAAAAUUCAAAAUUUGAAGUACAGUUUCUACUGAAUGCAUUUGCUUUUGUAAAGUCAUUGUAAAGUCAAAAUAUCAUAAGUUGAACCAUCAGAAGUUGGGAACCAUCUAUCCAAUUUCUCCUCAAACUUUCACCCACUAAGUUUUAGCAUCUUGCAAAUAGAUCUUGCCUACAGCCAUUGUGACUCUGUGGUAUUGUAAUGGCGAAUUUCU